AUGCCUGGUCGGAGAGAUGCAUGUGCUUGGGGGGGGGCCCGCCUGCCGUUGUCGCCAGGAGCUUGUCCCCAUUACCGUGGGACGGCGUUGAUGAUCUCGUCCUGUUCUCACCAAAUAGCUAGCGCACUGGUGACGGAACACACCGAGCAUGAUGAUGAGCCCCAUCUCUCGUUCGUCAUGGGCGACACAUCGCCGUGCUCGUCCUUAGACUCAACAGCACAAUUGCACAAUGAUCAGCAGUCGAUGAUCACGGCCUUGACCUUCCUCAAGCACAACCGCUCGCUUGUGCUCAGCGCUCGACGGGCGUGCGUGUGGACACACUUCCCUGGACCUUUGGGCACGAUCCAUGUUUUCAGUCCCCCAACCCUGGCAGACGAGGCCCGCUUCUCUCAGCAGAGCAAAAUGCCGAUCAGCAAGCGGACGGAACUGAGGCCGUUGUCAUAUUCAAGACCUGCCGCUGUUUUGUGUUUCCAAAAAGGCGUGACGCGCGUCGCCAGCGGUGAAUUGGUCUUCGAACACCAAAGCGCAUGUGGUAGUGAAUCCGCUGGUUUUCAGGAUCCGCCGUCUAAUUACUCCAAGGAGCAACAUCGUGACAUCAAGGUCAUGCCCGCCUACCUGAGCCUUUGUGGCCAGCGAGACAAGACUACGGUCCUUCCAGUCUGCCAUGAGUCCAGCCAGCGACUGCCCAUGAAUGUCGGACUCAACAUGCGUGGCACACACCACACCAAGCCUGAUCAGUCUGGCACCUCUUUGGCUCCCGCUCGUGGUCACCACUCGCAGCAAUCUGCCACAGGCAUGAGGAUCGGCUGGUUUCGAACAAUUAUGGAACUGAAGCGGGGCAGAUCAGCGCUCCCCAAGCAAGAAAAAAACCCUUCCCUCACGGCGGUCACGCCAGACCGUUACUCGCGGAUGGCGAGCAAUAUGCCACUUCUUGCUGGUUUGCCAAUUGCAGGGACCAAUGCCAAAUAUCCACAGCAACGACACUGGCCAAACUUGCCCAGCAACGACCCUGACGAUGGGGCUGUCGUCCACAACUGCCCUGGCGGCGCCUGA